UGCGGAGGAAACACACACUGACGCUGUUGUUAUUAACCCCCUCGGUUCCGGCUCGGUGCUGCUCGGUGCUGCGGGCUUCAGCGUGGAGCCUCUCGGAACUGCGGCGGCUGCUGUCUCCGGUCCAGGCCGGACUACCUGAGCAGAGACGGGCUGCUGUGGGGGAGCUUACCCGGUCCUGGACGAACCCCUCUCUGUCCGUGUUGUGAAGGAGUAACCCCCGGGUGUUUGUGAUCGGGUCCCCCGGCCUGCCCCGGCGCUGAGAGCGGCCAGGCUCCGCGUGUUCGCCCCUGGAUGGUGCGGAGGCCCCGGGGAGCUCAGCCCGCUCAGCCCGCUCAGCCCCCCCCGGAGCCCCGGAGCAGGGCUCGGUGUCCGGGCCAGCAGAGCAGGAGUCUGUCUGUGUGAUUGGACGUGGUUCCGGCUACCAUGAACCCUCUGAACCAGAUGAAGGCUGGACUGGCCAACAACCCACACAGCGACGGUUCCUACCCCUACGACCCCUCCAGCUGGCAGCAGCCCACCAAUCAGCCCACCGGGUCCCUGUCUGUGGUCACCACAGUGUGGGGAGUCACCAACCCCUCGGCCAGCCAGGGACUGGGUGGAGGGGUGAUGGGACCUGGGGCCAACCAAGGAGGGGGGCCAAUGAUGCAGGGUCCCGGGGGUCCGGGCAUGGCCAGCGGACCCGGAGGUUACAUGGGCCAGCCGGGCUACGGAGAGCCCAGCAAAGGCUACAUGAACCAGGGCAUGUACAGCCGGAGCAGCGGGGGCUACGCUGGAGGACCAGGGGGCUACGCUGGGAGUUACCCGCCGAACCCCGGAGGCUCCAGAGGAUCCACUGACUUCACUCAGGCCGCCGCUGCUGCAGCCGUCGCUGCUGCUGCUGCCACGGCAACCGCCACGGCCACGGCAACCGUAGCCGCUAUCCAAGAGAAACAGAACCAGGAGAUGAACUACGGACAGAUGGGAGGGCCAGCCUACAACAACCAGUUCAUCGCACACUCCAGCCCUCGCGGCCCCCCCGGCAUGACUCCUGGAGGAAUGGUCCCCGGCCAAGGCCCCACCAGGGGCCCCCCUUCCAUGGGCCCCAUGUACGGCCCUGGAGGGGUCCCACAAAGGGUUCCCCAGCACCCAAACUACGGCCCAGGGCCUCAGCAGGGACACCUGAGGCCCCCGCAGGGCCUCAAACGGCCCUACAGCUCUGAGUCGUUCCCAGGGAUGUCGCAGCAGUACGGCGUUCCCGUCGGCUCCAGUGUGAACGUCAUGUCCGGUCCUGGUGGAGGUGGGGGCUCCAUGCCGGGGUCCGGUGGAGGGGGUCACGCGGGGCCCGGACCAUACUCAGCCCCAAACAUGCAAUACCACCCUGGUCCUGGUGGUCCCGGCCCCGCCCCUCAGCGCUCUGGCUCCUCCCCUUCCUAUCAGAGCCAUAAGAUGCCCCUCCCACAGUACGCUCCAUCUGCACCGCCCAACUCCCAGUACUACAAGGACCAAUUUAACGGUCAGGGUGGAGGUUUGAACACCUUGCCAACGGGGGGCGCUGCUGGCGUCUACAACUCCUUCAACCAGCCGUCGGGGCCCGGGCGAGGGUUGCCCGGUUACCCAUCCUCUCCGGUUCCCGGAAACCCCACCCCUCCCAUCACUCCCAGCAGCUCCAUGGCCCCGCCCUACAUGUCUCCUGGCAACAGCGACGUGAAGCCCAUAACGUCGUCGUUCAUGCCCGACAUCAAGCCCAACAUGGCCACCCUGGCCCCGCCCCCUACAGGUAACCCCAGCGACGACCUGCGCCUGACAUUCCCGGUGCGAGACGGCGUAGUCCUGGAGCCCUUCAGACUAGAGCACAACCUGGCCGUCAGCAACCACGUCUUCCAGCUGAGGGAGUCCGUCUACAAGACGCUCAUCAUGAGGCCGGACCUGGAACUCCAGUUCAAGUGUUACCACCACGAAGAUCGACAGAUGAACACCAACUGGCCCGCCUCCGUCCAGGUGAGCGUGAACGCCACUCCUCUCACCAUCGAGCGAGGCGACAACAAGACUUCCCACAAGCCUUUGUACCUGAAGCACGUCUGUCAGCCGGGGAGGAACACCAUCCAGAUCACCGUCACGGCCUGCUGCUGCUCUCACCUGUUCGUCCUCCAGCUGGUCCAUCGUCCAUCGGUCCGUUCAGUGCUGCAGGGUCUGAUGAAGAAGAGGCUGCUGCCGGCCGAGCACUGCGUCACCAAGAUUAAGAGAAACUUCAGCAGCGGCUCCAUCCCCGGGACCCCCGGGUUAAACGGAGAGGACGGCGUGGAGCAGACGGCCAUCAGAGUCUCGCUAAAAUGUCCGAUCACUUUCCGCCGCAUACAGCUGCCCGCCAGAGGCCACGACUGCAGACACAUCCAGUGCUUUGAUCUGGAGUCGUACCUGCAGCUCAACUGUGAGAGAGGGACGUGGAGAUGCCCCGUGUGCAAUAAGACGGCGCUGCUGGAGGGACUGGAGGUGGACCAGUACAUGCUGGGGAUCCUCAUCUAUGUCCAGAACUCGGAGUACGAGGAGAUCACCAUCGACCCGGUGUGCAGCUGGAAACCGGUCCCAGUGAAGCCCGACAUCCACGUGAAGGAGGAGUCGGACGGACCCGUUCUAAAGCGCUGCAGGACCCUGAGCCCGAGUCACAUGGUCCUGCCCAGCGUCAUGGAGAUGAUUGCGUCACUCGGGCCCGCCCCCACCUCCUCCUCCAACGCCGGCGCCGGGCCCGCCGCCUCCUCCCCCAUGCCCUACUCCUCCAUGCCUGCAGGGCGCAGCAACACCCCCGACUACCCUGGAGCAGUUCCGUCCUUCCCCGCUCCAUCGGCAGCCUUCUCGGACUUCAGCGGUCCCGGGACUCCCGGGGUUGGGGGGGACUUCUCGUCCCCCGGCCCGCCCCCCCUGUCCUACCAGUCGGAGCUGUCCAGCGCCCUCCUCACCCCCGACAAGCCGCCCCCCCACCCGCUGGCUGCUCAGAUGUCGGGCCACAUGGACUCCACUUCCCAUGGUCCCCCUCUCUCUCAGCAGCAGCAGCAGGGUCUCCAUGGCAACCCCCAGCUGGGCGGCAGCAGCCAGAUGAUGCAGCGUAACAACCAGAACCCCCGUCUCCAAGGAGACAGUUCCUUUGGACUUGGCGGCUCUGCCGACGUUCCAGAACCUUCUCUGGAUCUGGAGCUGACCAACCCUGACGAGCUGCUGUCCUACCUCGGCCCUCCGGACCUGCCCAACAACAACAACGACGACCUGCUGUCGCUGUUCGAGAACAACUGAGCUCUGCAGAUCCCCUGGCAGAGCUCCGGAGCUCCGGAGCUGGACGAGACCGGGCCCAGGCCCCGCUGUAUCAUACGAACUGCUCCUCUCCUCGUCCGCCUGCUCAGAGCGGAGCCGCGGAUAACAAGGAGAGCAGCUUUUAGACAGGAAACCUCUUUGUGUGACUAUGAACUCCAUGGUAACUUUAUUUAAUUGUUUUUUAUCCUCUGAAUCUGUAUUUGAAGCUUCAUCUUCAUUCCCUGUCGCAGCGACAGCAGCCAUCAGCGUGGGCGCCGACUGCAGCGCUGCCUCCACGUCCACAGAGGACUCAGUCUCACCGCCGUCGGACAGUCGUGAUGUUCACGCGUGAGCCGGAGCGUGGAGGCAGCCGUGCAGUCCGUCCAGCCGGAGCAGAGGCUCCGGAGUUUUGUUUGUGUCUGACGGCCCAGAAAAGACGAGAACGUGAUUUACACCCGGCCACGGAGCGUCUCCGUUAGCAACCGGCCACGGAGCGUCUCCGUUAGCAACCGGCCACGGAGCGUCUCCGUUAGCAACCGGCCACGGAGCGUCUCCGUUAGCAACCGGCCACGGAGCGUCUCCGUUAGCAACCGGCCACGGAGCGUCUCCGUUAGCAACCGGCCACGGAGCGUCUCCGUUAGCAACCGGCCACGGAGCGUCUCCGUUAGCAACCGGCCACGGAGCGUCUCCGUUAGCAACCGGCCACGGAGCGUCUCCGUUAGCAACCGGCCACGGAGCGUCUCCGUUAGCACCCAUAGACAUCUAUACGUAGACGCCCCUUCGAGCGCUGAGCCGUACGUCAACAUCACCGCCAUAUUGGAUGAGGCAAGACUGCGCUAAUUAACUAAUACAAGUAAAUGGACUUAUUUCAAUGGACAUAUUUUAAAUUUUUCAAGUAACAAAACAACAUAUUUGAACCAUUUUUCAGACAAUAAAAUAACAUUUGAAAAAUGUUUCAGACAACAAAAUAGAAAAAAAGAACAAUUUUUUUGAUUUUGAGUUUUUUUUAUUUCGGUCCAUUUGGAUACAACAUAAGAAUAGUCCAAUAUUUUAAAUGGCGCCGAAAAGGUAUAGGCUGAAGCCAAGGCUUAUUAUGCCUACCCUUUUAUGAACCUCAACUCAGGAGGUUUUAUACAAAACAAAAUAAAUCAUUUGGAUUCAAACAUUGAAAAAGAAUGGAUAUUUUGGACAAGUAACAGAGGUCUAGACAAAAAAACAAAACAAAAAACAUACUAUAAAUUACAAGGAGUGAUAAAUUAAGUGUUUUUUGGCUAGAGACUACAGAGGUUAUGAGUAAGGUGUGUAGAAAGAAUUUAACAUGCCAAGUGGCUCACAGGGCACCUGGUAUGCUUGUGCAAAUAACAUGUUUUGUUGAUGAGAAAAUGUUUCUCUAUUUUUCUUAUUUUUGUGAGGGAGGUUAUAUACAGGACUGUCUCAGAAAAUUAGAAUAUUUUGAUAAUGUUCUUUAUUUUCUGUAAUGCAAUUUAAAAAAAAAAAAAAAAAAAAAAAAAAGUCAUACAUUCUGGAUUCAUUACAAAUCAACUGAAAUAUUGCAAGCCUUUUAUUAUUUUAAUAUUGCUGAUUAUGGCUUACAGUUUAAGAUUAAGAUUCACAGAAUAUUCUAAUUUUUUGAGAUAGGAUAUUUGAGUUUUCUUAAGCUGUACAGAAAAUUACAGAAAAUAAAGAACUUUAUCACAAUAUUCAAAUUUUCUGAGACAGUCCUGUAUAUUGUUUUUCGGCACUACCUUGUUCUCUAUAGCUGAUAUAACAUGAAUUACUCCUAUGUGGGAUCAAUAAAGUUCUUAUUUUUGCCAUCUGAGAAAAUUAAAUAUAUUAUAUUUGGUGCCUAACUGUUUCCCAAGUAUAUUAGUGCGUGUGUGAAUGAAUAAAUGAGACGUAAAACGUACAUUUCUUUGUAGAAAGGCGCUUUAUGAAAAUAAGUCCAUUUACUUGUAUUAGUUUACAGCGCAGUCUUGAACAUCCAAUAUGGCGGCGACGUUUACGUAUCGCAGCAGCGUCUACGUAUAUAUGUCUCUGUAGCACCGGCCACGGAGCGUCUCCGUUAAUGUGACUCCAAACACGGGGUUCUUCUCGUUGCUCCAACAGGGAUUCCUGUCGGAUUCUCCUAAACACCAGGACCAAACAACAGAGACCAGAACCUGCUCCGCUGCCGGUUCCUCUACCAAUCAAUCAAUCAGACUUAAUCUGUCCCGUUUUUUUCCUCUCUCUCUGCUGGCACGAAGCAGUUCCUCGUUUCUUCUGCUUUCAAAGAUUGAGAGAUUGAGAUUUAGGAAAGACUUCUGAGAAAAACCUUUCAGAUCUCGAGCACAGAAGUGAUGACGCUGACUUCCUUUACCUCAAAAUCCAAGACGAAACACUUUACAGAUAAUUUUUGCAAAGUAACGCGUCCAGAUUUCUGCGUUUGUGACGUCAGAAGCUGCGAUGGCUUCCUCCUCCCCUGUGGGCGUGGAGAUGUGUAUUUAGAAACUGCAGCAGGAAGGUCUUCGCCACUCUUCUCCCUCGUCACCCGUCUUCCCCUGCGCUCCGCUCUCGUGGCCCGGUGGAAAUCACGUCCGGACUUUAGUGGAAACGGCUGAGACUGAAGGUGUGGGAGCCUGCAGCAGCUUCAUCCUCGUCAUCGUCAUGACUGUGUGUUGUAAAGUGACCGUAGACCGUGGUGGUGUCGUCAUGUCUGUGAGUCCGCCGGCUUCUGGGUAAAAAUAAGUGUUCACGAUGACUGUACGAUCCAGUAACGAUGAGAUUGACCUGAACAAUAAGAGUAACAACCUUUGUAAUUUAAUAAACACACUGGAAACCCUC